CCCCAAGCCCCCCCCUCCCCCGGCGCGCUCCCACCCAGACCCCCGCAGCCACCCUUACGUUGCUCGCUGCCGUGCCUCAGCACCGCGCAUUGCCCUCCACUCGCCGGAGCAUUUUCCCUAGGUACGCUCUCUUAGCGGAUACAACCCUCUCCUAUAUCCCCAUAAGCCGUACAACCAUGCCCAAGAGCCGUUUGCGACAUCGCUCAACAAAUGCCACCGGUCCGCCUGAAAUCUCUGUGCAUUGCGGUCCCUGCGUCCCGGAGAUCCUCUUGCUGGCCGCUGCGGGCUUGAUAUACGCUUGCAAACGACCGUCCGCGCAGAACCUGGCCCCGCUGCCACCGUCAUUAAAACCAUCAUCUGCCACCCCAUGCCCGCGCUGCUGCUGAAACGCUUCAAAAGCCGCCGCAUGACCCUCACUCCGGACUCUGACUGCGCCCGCGCCGCCAGUGACUCUCCCGCCACCGACCGCACCCGCUGCUGGUAUAUAAAACCCAUGUUCGACUUUUGGCAGAGCCUGCUCGCGGCUCUGGAACGCAUCGUCAUGCUGCCCUCGCUCAUCCACUCCGUGCUCCCAUCACUCCCCUCUCGAAAGCGCGUACGAGAUGCAGUGCGGACGUACGACCGGUCCAUGGACGACUUGUUGCGGGAGAUCCGGCGCCUGCUGGAAGCUCCACUCGAGCCUGCAAAGCUCCUGCAAAUGUCCGGGAAGCUGCAGGAGCAGUUCGCACCAAAGCUCCAGGCGAGCGACAUCUGCAUGCUGCCUUCCUACAACCACAAGCUGCCCACCGGACUCGAGCAAGGCACCUAUCUCGCAUUGGACGUCGGCGGAUCCACCUUCCGUGUUGCUGUCGUGGAAUUGAGCGGCCACCAGCCCGGCGCCAAGAGCAUGCGCAUCGUAAACAUGAAAAGUUACAAGAUCGACAAUCAUGUUCGAUACCUCCGGGGCAAUGCCUUCUUCGACUGGAUGGCCGAGAAGAUCGAGACGGCAAUCAAGGAUCCCCAAGUGAAGAAGAUCAAUGGCACCCACAGCUUCCCCAUGGGCCUGGCGUGGUCCUUCCCAGUUGAGCAAACUUCAAUACGCAGUGGGAAUCUGCUUGCGAUGGGCAAAGGCUUUCGUGCAACCGAAGGCACUUUGGGGCAGGACCUCAGCGAGCUGAUCAUGGGCCCCUGCAGGAAGAGGAACCUGCCCGUCCGUUUAGAGUCAAUAGUAAACGACUCUUCUGCCACCCUCCUGUCACGUGCGUAUGAGGACCCGUCGACACGCUUCGCCGUGAUCCUCGGAACCGGCUUUAACAUCGCCGUGCACCUUCCGACUUCAGCACUUGCCACUUCCAAGUAUAAGGGUUACCCCCAAAAGUGGAUAGACGAAGCCAGCCACGUUCUCGUCAACACUGAGCUCAGCAUGUUUGGCAAGAACGUCUUUCCUACUACGCGGUGGGACGAUCAACUCAACGAAGCCCAUGUCCGCCCCGACUUCCAGCCCUUCGAGCAUAUGAUCAGCGGACGAUAUCUCGGGGAGCUUGUGCGACUCAUUAUUGUGGAGGCAGUGCGGACCGCAGGUUUAUUCAGUGGCGAGAUGCCCGACAAGCUGAGCGAGCCCUACUCCCUCGAGACCGGAACCAUUGCGGCUAUGGAGAUGGACGAGUCGAAGAACCUGACCAACGCUGCUGCACUCUUCCAGUCAAAACACCCGCUUAGUAAACCACCCACCUACAACGACAUGUACUUCAUUCGUCACAUCUCUCAGCUCGUGUCCCACCGCGCAGCUGCUUUCCUUGCCGCCGGUAUCCACGCCCUCUGGACACUACGUACCACCUCCGAAGGCCUGACCCCAGCGCAAGCUGGAAAGCUCGCCAUCGGUUGCAACGGUUCUGUCAUCGAGAAGUACCCACUGUUCCGCCAACUGUGCCAGUCUCACCUCGACGAGUUAACCACUGCCUCCGGUGCCGAACCGAAAUCGAUAUCUCUCGAAAUCGCCAUCGAAUCAGCCAUCUUCGGCGCCGCCGUUGCAGUAUGCUGUCUCGAAGAGCAGUAGAGAGCAGUAAUAUGUGUUGUUGAAGUGUGCUGCCUUA